AACACCUUGGCAGGAUGAGGCCAGGGCCAAGAGCUGCCUUGCUUCCUUGUCCAAUUGGAGGCGGCGAGACCUCGAGAGAGGGGGCCUUUAUUUCCCCACCCCACCUCCCUCCCCUCACACAGCGCCUCCCUCCCCAUCCCCAGCACACAAAAGCAAAGCAAUUAAGCUGUCUUAAGUGGGUUUAAGCUUCAGCCACAUUGCAGCUGGGAGAGGGGAAAUGACAAGAAAGAAAAAUACCUUGGAGGCAACGCAGCACAUCAGCUGAGCCACGAAAGACUAGGCAGAGGGGCAUCGCCAGACAGCAAGCUCUCCAGAAACGGAAAAGACAUCUUUGCUCGUGAAGGCCGAGUCGUGCCGGGUGCGGCAUGAUGCGGCUCCACAACCCAGCCCUGCGUUGCUUUGAUGCCCCGCAGAUGAAACUAUCCGGCAUCUUACGGAAAGCCUCCUAGACCAGGGCACGAUGCCCCACAGGAAUUUAGCCGGGAUAUUCUGAGUGACAGCAGCAAGGAGACACUUGCAUGCCACCAAGAUUAACAGCAAGUUAACCUUCCUGUGCUGCCCACUUCCCAAGACAGAGCACAAUGGGGACGACUGAAGCCACGCUGCGCAUGGAGAAUGUGGAUGUGAAGGAGGAGUGGCAGGAUGAAGACUUCCCCAGGCCUCUGCCUGAAGAGGCAGGAAUGGAGUCUUUGGGAAGCCCAACCGAGAACACAUUAUCUCCUCCAAGCACAUUAAAUUUUAGUAAUGGAGCUCAUCACAAGCGGAAGACGCUCGUUGCUCCGGAAAUCAACAUUUCGUUAGACCAGAGUGAAGGCUCCCUUCUGUCUGACGAUUUCCUGGACACGCCUGAUGAUCUGGACAUCAAUGUGGAUGACAUUGAAACUCCAGAUGAGACAGAUUCCCUCGAGUUCCUGGGGAAUGGAAAUGAACUGGAAUGGGAAGAUGACACUCCUGUGGCUACAGCCAAAAACAUGCCAGGGGACAGUGCCGACUUAUUCGGGGAUGGAGCUGCGGUAGAUGGAAGUGCUACCAAUGGACGCCUCUGGCGGACAGUCAUCAUUGGCGAGCAGGAGCACCGCAUUGACCUGCAAAUGAUCAAACCAUACAUGAAAGUGGUGACACACGGAGGUUAUUAUGGGGAAGGCCUCAACGCCAUCAUCGUCUUUGCUGCCUGCUACCUGCCAGAUAGCAACCUGCCUGACUACCAUUACAUCAUGGAGAAUCUCUUCCUGUAUGUGAUUAGUAGCCUGGAGUUGCUUGUAGCCGAGGACUACAUGAUUGUGUACCUGAAUGGUGCCACACCACGCCGAAGAAUGCCAGGGAUCGGCUGGCUGAAGAAAUGCUACCAGAUGAUAGACAGAAGAUUACGGAAAAACCUGAAAGCACUGAUAAUCGUUCACCCUUCCUGGUUCAUUAGGACAGUGCUGGCUAUAUCAAGGCCAUUCAUCAGUGUGAAAUUCAUCAAUAAAAUCCAGUAUGUUCACACUUUGGAAGAACUAGAGCAUAUCAUACCCAUGGAGCAUGUCCAGAUUCCAGACUGCAUCCUACAGUUUGAAGAGGAGAGAAACAGAGCCAGAAGAGAAAGGGCAGAAGAGAAGCAGGACAUGACCGAGAGAGAGAGGCCUAUGCUGCCUGCAGAUGAUCAGGAAACAAGAAUGUCAUGAAUGACAACACUAUUCUUGAAGGAUCUGAAGAAUGACCCAGCCUGAUUUAUUACCCGCUGUAAAAUGACCUUCCUGAUGUUAAGACCUCAUGACCAUCUCAUCUUCAGUCCUGUAAGACCAAGGAAUCUGCCGCUACAUCUUGAAGACACACAAAGUCACUUUGGCCAUUUGGAAGACACUCCAUUGUACAGCAGUCAAUGAAUUCCACUUCCCCGGAAUGGCUCUCAGGCCUUAACAUUUCACACCUGUUGCAGAGAGUUUGUGGUGCAAACAUACAAAGAUUCAAGCACAACAGCAGGCUAUUGUUUUGCCUACCACAUGGCGUUCAGACCAAAAUGGAGAAAGAGUGCUCAGUUUUUUCUUUAUUCGCUGCAGGCUGGCAUAGCAACGCUGGGUCAGCAAGUGCAUAUCCAUUCCUACGGAUGCAUCAUAACACAGGCUGCUGCCCCAUGCAAAUAGUUCGGCCAGGAAACAUGCAAAGCCAGCCUUCUUCCCCUUUCAGACGAGGUUUGUGACACCAUGGCAACCCUUUUGCUGAAGCCUUGCAGGGUGAAUGAUGUGAAGGUCAAUUUUAUUUGCUGUGACCUUCCUGAAUGGUGUCCAUCGUGGCUUUCAUCCCAGAUGACAGAGGAUCUUCGGUGGCAGGUUUUAGAAAUGUUUUCACAAGUCACUUCAUACCAAGGUUGGGAAAAGGAUAUGAAUUUAACUCAAGGAAAUUGACACAGUGGACAAUCAUUCUCUUUGUAUACCUCCAAAAGUCUGAGAUAAGCUGCUGACGCAUGGACAUGCACCCCACAACUCAGCUAAGCAAAAAAGGGAAGACAGCUGGCUGCCUUUUUCAGUCAUCAGUUGAUUUAGCUCAGUCUUGUCUACACUGACCGGCAGAGCCUCUCCAGGGUUUGUGAUGGGGGUCUUUCCCACCUCUACCAGGAGGGUUUUUAGACAGCAGGCUUUUCUGCGAGUUUGAAGUUGCCCCCCAUAACCAAUGCAAAAAGUGAUUUUUUUUACUCUGGAUAUAAAUCAGGUUACACUCAAACACACUAUGAAAAACCUGAAUCGUGUGUAAUGUGCUCCCUGAUAGCUCGCAGGGACUUUGAGAUAAGAUCAAUCUGGCCAAUAUGUGAAUGCACACCUCCAUUCCAGAGGAGAUGUGAGCUAAAAGCCCUGUGUGGGAAAAUGCCCAGGAGAUGCUGAGGACUGAACCGCAGAUCUUCUGCACACAUAGCAGAAGCUCUACCACUGAGCUAUAAGGGUCUUGUACAGGGAGUGGUGCAAACCAAAAGGGACAGAGUUAGGAAAUACACAUAUUACAAAAAGAUGAGGAAUAAUAUUGCGAUCACAUGGCUUGAGAAACACACACACACCCUUCAUUUUUAUGAUUGUAUUCCAGUGUUCUUCUAAAGACCUCAGGGAAGCAUAUAGAAAGGCUUUCCCAUAUCCUUAAAAUCAUACCAGCCCAAAAUCACCCAGGCAACUACGUGGCUGAGUGGCAAUUUGAGGCCAGGUCUCCCCAGCCCAAGUCUGAAGCAAUGACCGCUAGACCACACUGACUUUACAGGCACUGAGAUUGUUCGUUAACACGGCCAUUUCCAAACUAAUAUCACAACCAGCAGAAUGAAACAUCUCACUGUUCCUCCUUUGAAUCACCCACCCGCACAGUUACAAGCUUAGAUCUUCCACUCCAGCAACAUCAAGAUCCUGGUAGCUCAACAUUUCAGUAUGUGCUGCUUUAUAUUUGGCGCUCAUGUUUUUCAAGUUCCACAAGAGGGCAGUGCUGGCAAAAUUACAUUGGCAACUCUUCCCUGCAAGGCCGAGGAGGUUUUUUUCUUUUUUGAAGUCUCCUUGAUGUCAGCAGUGGGCAUCCUUUUCUUUCAAGUGCUGCAAAACAGCCUGGAACAUAAAUCUGGCUUGCUUGUUCACAUUCUUGUUUAACAUGCACCAACAAACCAUGUGAAAGCAGGCGAAAGAGUGUUAGCAACAUGGAAACAGGACACACUUUCAAUGAUGACUUUGCUGAACUGUUCAUAAGCAAAGGAGGACGUUAACCCAGUGGGAACAUAUUGACAUUCUUGAAGCCAUAUGCUUCUGGGACACUUCAGCCAUAGCCCCUUGCGGGCCAUGAAAGUGGAAUAUCUAUCCUGUGGGGUAACUUUGUGUACAAGGCACACCCCACAAAUCAUUAAAGCUUCUGGGAAAUGUAUGGGUCACAAUCAAGACAUUUGAAACUUUGUAGAUCAUGUGCUUAAAGUGUACUAUAAAGAAAAUCAGAACAGUUGCAGAGACAUCUUCCAGGCCGGACAAGAAAUGGCCAUUGGACAGUUUUGAGUAUAUUCAAAGAACAUAAGAAACUGCCUUCUGCCAAGUCAGGCUACUGGUCUAUCUAGCCCAGUUUCUUAGCUUGGAGAUGCUGGGAACUGAACCUGAAGGGGGCACACACAGGCAAAGUGUGUGUUCUUCUAUGACUGAGUGGCAAAAAUAGCAUGGAAGAGUGUAUCAGAAUAUUCCCAAAUUGGAUAAUGGCAGAUCCAUACAGGACAUUUUCUGCAGAAAUUCAUAGAUUUACAAUGGUUAUUUCCCAUUUUUGUUUUGCUGAUUUUUGUUUUGCCUGCUUCUCUCCGGAAGUAAUUUGCUAUGCAUUUGCUUUUAACAGAAUGGGGUGGGUGGGGGGACUCAUUCUGGAGCCAAGGGAAUGUAUUGCGGUUAAAGGCUGGGAAAUAUGCCCCACCACACACACAGUGUGAAGUGAUGGGGUUUGGAAAUAGGGGUCCAAUGACUACCGACACAAUCUCAAAGGGUAAGACACAUCUGAGCAAACAUAUCUAUAAAAUCUGAGAAUAUCGUGAUCUGUCGAGGGUGGGGAGACCUAUUUUGUCAUCACGUUGGGAACAUUUUGUGUUCUUAUUUAGCAAGAAUCAUGAGUUCAACACUGAAAAUAUUGGUGCAGGUCUUUGAUUAAUACACAGAGAGUGCUUUCAAGAUCUAGAGUAAAAAGACACCACAGAACAAACACAGGGAACAUUCAAUGUGCACGUUUUGCAGCUCAAGCUGAAUCAAAAUGCAGGGUGGUGGUGGUGGCUGGCUGUACAAGACCCUCCCCAUUUCGUUUCAACAAGGUUUAUGCAGGAAAACUUCAAAAUGUUGUGCUUGCAGCCUAGAAUGAAUGAAUUAAUAUUUAUAAACCGCUUUUCAACAAAAGUUCUCAAAGUGGUUUACAUCGAUAUAAAUAAAAUGGCUCCCUGUUUCCAAAGGGCUCACAGUCUAAAAAAGAAACAUAAGGUAGACACCAGCAACAGCCACUGCAGGGAUAUUGUGCUGGGGGUGGAUAGGGCCAGUUGCUCUCCUCCUGCUCAAUCAUCACUUUUAAAAGGUGCCUCUUUGCUCAGUUAGCAGGGGACUAACUGAGAUGAAAAGAUGUAUGAAUAUUCAUAGAUUUAACUAGUUGCAAUGAAGCUAGUUUUCAACCAUUUUUAAAAGCCUACAUAUAAAUGUUCCAGCCCUAUGUAACACACCAGAACCUAGGUUUUAUGCUUUCAAGGCACAAAAAGCUUGUUGUGCGCCUUCAUUUUAAAAGCUUAAUAGAAAACCAAAAGAAAAAGAAAAAAGAUACAGCUCCUGCCCUCUUUUGGGCAGGUAGUUUUGAACAAAACAUCGCUUGAAAACCCUACAUUAUAUUCAAGUGCAGUUCUUCUUUUUAAAAAGUUAUGUCUGUCCUCUCAAUAUCCUUGUGGGAACAGAUGGCAUAGGAUAGCACUGUGUGCAAAUAGUUCUGCCAAAGGACAGGAAAGUGCUGAACUCUAAAACUCAUUCCCCUGAGUUUAUAGUCCUUAUGGCCAUGGAGACAUGCUUGCCCAAUUCUCAGAAGCCAGGGGGAAUCAAGAAGCAAGACUCAGGCAUUGCUCUUAGGCCGCUCCUUCCUAGAAUUAUGCCAAAUCCUAGGAGUUAUAGAAUUAUGCAAGAAUAUUGUGCAAAUGUAGUUGACUUGCAUGAUUUCUAUUGGUUGCAAAGACAAUUUAUUUUAACCUCAGGGUAUAUGCUCUUUUGCUUCAGAAGGGCUCAUGUUUUUACAAAAAGGGGAUUAGGCAAAUUCACUGAGUAGUAAGUCUAAAAAGAGCUAAAGGUUUAUGCUGGUCUAUGACUGUAAUAAAGGUUGAUUGAUUGAGAGCUGGCAGCCAAGACAGCUAUCCUGAAAGAAGGUUUAGAAGCAGUCUCUCUUUGAUAAUCUGUUGAUGGUUGGAAUAUAAAAGUGGAUGGCCAUCAGUUUUCCCUCUAAGGAAAAACUCAGAAGUUUUUUUUUAUGUUCACUCAGUUAAUUUUAGAUCCCACUCAGGUUAAAUCAGGAAGGCCCCACUCUGAAUGCAUGUGUGCACACACUGCCUUGAUCCUUCCACCCAGGAAAAAAAACACAACUCAUUAUGCACACAGAUGAAAAAGAGAAAGAGUACACUGACCAUCACCUUCAUCCUGCUUAUGAGCGUCCAGAAAAAUCUGGCUGCCCAUGAUGGGAAAUAUGCUGAAAUUGAUUAACUCUUGGCCUGAUCCUGCCACCUAUGUUGAAAUGUUUAUGCAUCCUUCUCUAAGGGCCCAGUGCAGCCUCUCCACAACCAGAACUCAUUCUCCUACAUUUAAUUGGUUUUUGUCUUCUACUGUCUUGUAGUUAAUUGUUGCAUUUCCUGUACAUGUGUGUUCCCUCCCCCUGGAAGGGCAGGCUCAGAUUUGGAAAACUGCACUAUACAUACACAUACCCCUACCUCCCAAUUUGAAAUGUUUUGCAAUUGCAGAGAGGAGAGAGAGAACAUUGAUGAAGGGAAGUAUAAAGGUACAUAAAUGUCAUAAAAUAUUUUGCCCAACUCAGUCCUGACACACAUCAGGAUUUACACACCCCACAGUCCAAGCAAAUUUCUGAAAUGCUGAUGUGCAAAGAACAAGCAGCUUGGUUGCCUCAUGCUUCCUGUUCCUCUGCAUUGUCCCGAUGUCCAAUUUUGCACUAUUGCAGUGGAGAGAUGGGAUAACUCUGUCUUGAACAACAUGGUGAUGUGCAGGAACAGGAAGUACAGAUAAUUGCUUUCCAAACCACAAUGGUGAGCAUCAUGACAGUAUAACCAAAAGGGAUCUGAACCAUUUCUAAUCUAAAGAUUUUCUAAAAUUUUAUGCAAGACACAUAUAUGUAUAUAACCUGGCAGAAACAGCUGUCCAGUCUGGUUCAUUCAGUGUCUGCUCCACCCCACCAGGUUCCCACUUCUUGCCUCAAGACUUUUGCUCGCUCACAUUACAUGUCAGAGGAGAAAGGUAAUGUAUAUAUAGAUGUGUUUUUGUAUAUUCCCAGUAAUUAAUAAUAUAGCAUGCUACUGUCCAAGUGAAGUUUCACAUCAAGACAAAACACAGCACCUCCAUACACACAACCAGCUGCGGUUUUCCUGUGUUAAAGUGGAAUCCCUUCUGCCCAAAAUAUACGUGUAAAAUUGUGGGGAAAUAAACAUCCCCCCCCAAACGUGUGUGUAUUUAGAUGGUUUAACUCUAGGAGAUACAGAUUACUGUUUAUGCUAUGUAUUACUCUUGUUUUUCUUGCUUGGUUUGAGGCCAAGAAAAUCUGUGGAUGUUUAAUUUAAAAAGACUGAGUCUUCAACAAGUGUGUCUCUUGCAUUUGCAUACAUGGUUAUGAUGUAAAACUUAGAAUGUCAAAGCUG